AUGAGACCCAAGGCAGCACAAGGCUCCAGCCUUCUGGGUUUCGUAACAGCAGCUCCCUCCAGUAGGGCUGAGGCAUGGGAGGAGCUUGCCCAAAGUCAAAUAAACACUGACAUGCAGCAUCUUACGAGGAUGUGCAGCCUCAGCACCACAGACUGCAACAGCCAGAAGGAUAAGACAGCUGAAAAUCUCUGGCAAGAUGAUCAAAUCCUUCAAGCAAACAUUCCUGUCCCUGGACCUGCAGUCACCUCGGUGGAGCUCAACAGAGAUGAUGGCCAAGGACUAUGAACUGCGUCAGUAUGAGACGGCCAAGUGGGUGAGCACAGUCAUCAGGGGGGAAAGCCAGAAGGAAGCCAUGCGCCAGGGCUUCUGGAAGCUCUUCCACUACAUUCAGGGAAAGAAUGAGAGAGAAAUGAAGAUUGACAUGACUGUGCCAGUGACCUGCCUGGUGAAAUCUGGCUGCACAGACUUCAAGAUCUCGUUUUUUGUGCCCUUUGAACACCAGGACUCCACCCCCCAGCCCCUGGACUCGGAUGUGUUCGUGGAGGAGCGGAAGGCAGCGGCGAUCUUUGUCCGGUCCUUUGGUGGCUUUGCCUCCCCAGAGAAAUAUGCUGAGGAAGCUGAAGUCUUGGCCAGAACCUUAAGAAACAGAGGCCAACCAUUCCAUGAAGACUUCUUCUAUACUGCAGGCUAUGACAGUCCCUUCAAGCUCUUCAACAGGCACAAUGAAGUGUGGUAUUUUAAAAAGUAACAUGGUGGGGGGAAUAUUAAGAGGCUACUAAUCAGCUCUGGAUGAAAACAGACCUUAUUAAUGGCUUUUGCUUUAGUGCAGAAGAGAUUUAAUUUGCACAUGGACACAGAAUGUCUAAUUCAUCUUCUCUAGGAUGAAAUACUAUUGUGGCUAAAAUGAUCUCAAGCUCUGUCUACAAAAUGUAAUUUAAAUUCAAGUAGAUUGUACCAGGUAGAGUAGGAGGGAGAUAGUACAAGCUUACUCUUAAUUGAGAGGUUCUAGGGAACACCAAUAAUCUGAAACUAAUCCUUCCUAAAGUUUGGAUGUCUAGUUUUACUUCUCAUUAGAUAGAAGUGCUACAGCAACAGCUCAAGUGUCACGGAGAAUUCAGUUCUCCAUAGAGCUGACUUUUCCAAUACUGACAUCAACCCUGAGACAGAGGAAUUUAAAAAUGAAUUUUUUAUAGAAAUCUAUCAUUAAUGAGUUUUGGGAAGCAGAAACACCUUAGCAGGCCUUCCUGCUUUGUAAUGAAUAACUUGGUUUUUUAAUUGGUAGUAUCAAAAUCCCCCACCUCUUCACUUUUUUCCCCUCGUGGAGGCCAAAUCCUGUGUUGCUCAAAUCCAGUGGAAAAGGGUUAACAAGUCCAAGCAGUGUGCUUGUUCUGUGCACACCUGGACACAUAACACCAGGAUUACUGGGGGCAUUUUAGUAUUAAAUGAAGUAGUAGUAAGUUUAGUAGCUCUCACCUACAACACACUAAUUACCCCUUUAAUUGUUUGCCUUUGUCUAAAUGUUGGUAUUGGCCAGGCCAGCUACAGCCUGCACACCAGCAGUACUGGACACCCCAGUUAAGACACUUGCAAGCAUUUCACCUAAUUUAGUCCCUGGUCUAAAUCAAGCAUUUGAAGCUUUUAUACAGUAGCCUAGAGCUGUUUCACACCAAGCUGUUCCAGUCAGAAAGGAGGUCACAACAACAGGCAGAUUUUGAAGAUUUUUAUUGGCUCCAACCAGCAUCAGGCAAACAUUACCAGUGGGGUAAAAAACACUUGGGCUUUUUAAUGCUGUUCAUUCAAGUGUAGCCCAUUAUACUGCAAUCCUCCACCUAGUAAGACAGACAUAAGAACCACUGUAAGACAGCAAACCACCACAAGACACUUGCUGGGAACAUCUCAGCCCUUAGAAUUUCAUCUCUGUUCAGUGAGAGAGUUCAAGCUAAGGUUAUCAUCACUUGUUCCAGCAAAGAAAUGUCUUAAUUACUGCAGUUACACUCACCUUCUCAGUUCUUCAUACAGUAAUUGCAGAGUUGCUUCCUCACCUAAAGCCAGAAGAAAACACAAUUAGCACAUGCAGUAGCACAAGUGGUACAGGUUCCACAUCAGCUCUGUAACCUCAGCACAAAGUGGAACGGAAAGGGUAAAAUCACACUAAUUCAUCUGGCAGAAUCAAUCUCAUCAGUGGCUACAAACAUUCCCAAUAACAGAUAAUACAGUUCAGCUGUUGGACUUACCAAGUGAGGCUGCAAACAGCACAGUCCUUUCCUGAGAAGAGAGGUACUUUCAGAAUAACAGAUCAGCAGCACUACAUGCAAGUUUGUUUAUCUAUGAAUUCCUAUUCACCAAACUAAUUUUACCUGGGGGAAGGCUGCCUUUCAGCUGGCAACUCACAAGUUCAACUUGCAACACCCAAAUACAGGAGACACAAAGCUUACAAAUCCUAACUGAAUUGGAAAUACAGAAUUACAAACAUUGGAAGAAACAGGGUAAGUACAAAGCUACUACUUGCUUUGUGAUGCUGUCUCUCCCCAUUAGAAAAUUGUAUUUAAUGAGUUUAGAUACCCAAAUUACAAGUCUCAUAGAAAUCAUCCCAAGAACCUAUCUUUAAAAAUGAGAACCAGUCUGUUGGGAAACAAGAUCAUACAGCAAAUAUCUAGAACUUGAGUCUAAAUUUGUGUAGAGCCAGCAUAAAGAUCAGCAAAAAUUGCUGAGAAGUGACAACCAGAAUAUAGGGUUGUUUUUCUUUUAAGUCCACAGUGCAACAUUGCAAUAAACUCCCAAUUUUUAGAGUCAUUGAGACCACAUCUUCUGUACAGUCAGAACUCCACACCAAGUUUACCACUGACUACACUUGGGUACCUGCUCAGAAACAGCCCUUCCUUUUCAUGGAAAAUUCAGAACUACACAGAAGCGCAUUCUUGCUUCAGGCACAUGUUUAUUCCCACAGUAAAUGGGAGCAGGAGAAUCAGAAUACAAUAAAGGGAACACAAAUCAGAUCUCUUACAGAUCACCUUUUAGGUACCACUACCUAGGCAUUCAGCACAAAGACAGUAUUCCAGGAAUUACAAACCCCCAUGUACUCUACACUUACCUCAGGCACAUCCACCACCUUGUUUCUCACAGGAACUCCCCACGAGAUUCACCUUGUAAAGAAGUGAAAUUUUACUAACACUCUCUCCUUGGCAGUGCUUCAGGAUUUAGUUUGAAUGUGGGUACUGUUUCAGCACAAGAGUUGUCCUCAGAUUCUUUCAGAGAGAUUCCCAUUGCUUAGAAUUCAUCACAAACAGUACAUGCUUAGAGCAGCUUGAUGUUGUGCCACUUUUGUCUCAUUCACAUCAUGCAAAAGCCCUGAUCUACCAUUUAAGAAAAAUAAUUCACCAUAGUAAGCCCUGAAGAUUAAUGCUACUCCCUGCAAGAGCCCACUACUUAAUUAAAAACAGUAAUUAACUACUGGCUUUAGUGAGCACAAGCUCUGUGCUACCAGGUUACCACACACUCAUUAACAAGGAACUCAAGGAGUCCAUAGCAGUUGGACAUUCCAAAUGGUUCCUAUUACUUCUUCUCAGUUACAGAAAACACUUAAAAGUUUUAAAGUAUGAGAUAUGCAGCACCUUGGGUGAGUGAACCCUGCAGGCUGCUGCCAAUAUGUGGGGCUUUUACCUGGUAAAGGUAAUAAAAUCCUCCAGAAACCUUCUGCUUGGUGCAGCAGCUGCAAUUAUAGGAUCUACUAACUUCCCCAUCCCCUGUAUCACACAGUUUUGAGCAGUUCACAUCCAUGUGCUGGCGACUUACCUUUUGCUGGCAGUACUCCCAACCGCCCCACUUCCCGGCUCCACUGCACCUGGAAUAAUGCAAACUAUCAGGACAGCACGGAAAGCAGCAGAGGAGGGUGGAAUCUCAGUCAGGUGCCUGCAGUCAGAUAGAGCUAAUGGCAGACCUCCACAACUGGAGUCAGGGCAGUCACAUCUCAUCACACAGGCAGCUCUGUCAGUCCCUGCUCUAGGCCAAGGCUGCAAAUCCACCAGCAGUGCCAUCAAGGCCACUCUCUGUGCUCAGCUCUUCACUGGGAGCUCACACUAGCCUGCCAAGGCUGGGCCUUAUCCAGGCAGUUCCCCCUUUAAACAUCCUCCUGUUUUGGCUGAGAUGGCAAGCAGCAGACAACACCAGCCACUGGCCCCUUCCCCCCAGGUAACAAGAAGGUAAAUACUUCACUUUUGGGCAUAUUUUGGAAUAUUGAUACUUGCAGAAUUAAUCAAAUACCCACCUUGCAAGGAGAAACAUUUUGGAAGCCUGCAGAGAAAAAUUUCCUAUUAGACAAGGUCCAGCAGGAAGUUUAAGCAUAAGAAUAGUUCCAGUAAAAUACUGUAUCAGCAUUUGGUCAAGUUUUGUCCUCAUAGGGAUCAGAGACCUGAUUCAACAUCAUCUACAGUAGAGGCUGCCUCACCUCCAUCCCCUCCCAGAGGAAAAGUCAGCUCCCAGCAAGCUCCAACACUCUAGUAAGUUUAUCCCUCAGCUCCACAGACAACCGAAAUCGCAGGAAGGAGCAAACUUCUGAAGUGCAGAGUUCAGUGACAUCAACUCUGUGUAAAUACCCCAGCCAUGCUAAGCCAGGAUAAGCAUUUUGGGCACUAAAUUCAGAGUACUAUGGCAUUCACCACUCAGGUUUAACAGGCACUUUCCAGAAAUCUUUACCACCACAAUUACUUCCUGCUUUAUAGUGUAACACAGGAAGCUGAACUUUCCAGAGAAAACACAAGGAAUUUGCAGACGUCUCCAAAAGCAAACACCCAAGCCCAAAUGCAGCAGACAAAAGUCCAAUAAACCAUAAAAAUGGUUUAUUACCUGCAAUUAGGAAGGCCUUGGCUUCACCAACACCAGUAACAGAUGAAAUAGCUUCUCACACAAGAGGCACAGGUCUCCUCCGUCCAGGGCAAUCUGUAAAGCAACAAAACCCUUUCAGAAGUUGGAGCACUAACACCUGAUUAACCUUAUUCUGCUGUACUUUUGUUUAAUUUACAAGCACAGCCUACUCUAUACCCUUCUAUUCAUCCCACUAAACUUUAUGUUUAUUCCAUUCGCUGAUUUUCUGGGAUCGAUUUUCAGAACACAUUUACUGAUCAAAAGGAAGUGUUUCCCUCUCAGCUUUCCACAUGAUUUGUCUGGAACAGCCUAAGGACAGGAGGCUGCAUCAGACAGGAGCGAAAGACAGUGACAGUGUGAUCAUCACGGCUCAUCUGUUGAACUAUGCUGUCAUCACAGCAGCCCCUCACACAGCAGGGACACAAAUGAGUUUGGACAGACAUAGGCAAUGCAAUGUUUACCGUUAGAGCUUCAUCUCCCAGUGCCUGCAACAAAUGAAAAAAAAAAAAUGAGGUUAUUUCAGCCUUGGUGUCCAAGCCCAGAGCUCCUGAUGAGAUCACAAAAGGCAGACACAUCAGAUAGGAGCGAAAGACAGAAGUGUUCAUCACAGGAUGCUCUGCUGAACUAUGCCAUCAUCACUGUAUCUGCUUUGGAAUCAUCCUACCAAGCAAUCACCUCUUGUCACAGCUUUUACAAUUACGUUUUCCCAAUAAAACAAAGAAACAUUCACAAA